AUGGCGGUAGACACUAGCUACCUGACCACUCAGGUCAACAACAUCGUCGCCCAGCUCCAUGGGAUCUACGACGAGAUUGGCGUGCCCGCGCGUGAGCGCGAGUCCCGCGAAGCGGAGCUCUUCAACGCUCUGUCGGAGACCUUGAACAACCAACUGAAGGUUGUUGAUGAAGAGCGAGAGGAGAUGGUGCAGGAAGCAGAGCGCCUCAUUACAGCCAUACAACAGAUGGAGUCGUCCCUGAGCGACGAAAGGGCCAAUGGUCAAUAUGAGCUCGACCGCGACGACCUUCGCGUCACUUACCCGCUCAACAAAUGUAUCAUGUUCCUGCGCGAGAAGCAUGACGCGAUGAGCAAGUUACACCGUGAACGCUUCGAACAGGUUAGAAAACUCGUCGACGCGCUUGAAUCAUACUCCUCACACCUUGAGCCAUCAUUCGUUAAACUUGAACUUCCUCCCACCGAACCUGGUUCCUCAAUCCCGCCGAGCUUCGACCUUUCUCCUAUGUAUGUGACUGCAUUGGAUGCUGAGUUUACACACGUCUACGAAGAGUACCACCGCCGCGUUGCGCAGGUUCAAUCUGCCUGCGAAGAAAUGAUCAAACUCUGGGCUGAGCUUGGCACACCCCAGGCGCAGACCGAUCCUACUAUCGUUAAAUGUUAUCGCGACUCCCCCGAGCAACUCGGCCUACAUGAGGAUGAUGUAGCCAACCUCAUGGCCAAGCGCAACAAGUUGGUGGAAGAGAAGAAGGCCCGCGAGCGCAAGAUCAACGAACUACGAACCACCGUGAUCUCCCUCUGGGACCGAUUUGGCGUCGAGGAGGCCGAUCGCAAGGCAUUCUUGGCUGCCAACCGUGGCUGCGGUUUGCGCACUAUCAACGACCUUGAAGAGGAGUUGACCCGCCUCAAUGAACUGAAGAGGCAGAAUCUCCACCUUUUCGUGGAGGAUGCUCGCUGCCGACUGCAAGAACUCUGGGACUCUCUCUUCUUCUCCGAAGAGGAAAUGCUCGAUUUCACACCUGCAUUCUCUGAUGUGUGCAGUGAUGCUUUGCUCGAGGCUCAUGAGGCUGAGAUCAAGAAGUUGGAGUUCCUCAAGGAGCAGCGUGCUCCCACCCUGGCAAUGAUUGAAAGACACCGUACCCUUCUGACCGACCGUGAGGCACUUGCGACCUCGAGCCAAGACGCAUCCCGUCUAAUGGGCCGUGGAGCCAAAGGAGAGAAGCGGGAUCCUGGAAAGCUUUUGAGGGAGGAGAAGCUGCGCAAGAGGAUCGCAAAGGAGUUGCCGAAGCUUGAAGCUGACCUGCGCAAAGAAUUGGAACACUGGGAAGAUGAGUUCGGCCGACCGUUCCUUGUGCACGGGGAGCGUUAUCUUGAUACGUUGUCACCUGUCAAGCCGUCAACGAUGCCACCUCCACGCUCUAAGACACCGUCUGCGCCUCCCUCGUCUACCAAAGCAAGCACUAUGCGGCAGCAUCCGACUACUCGCCCCGGAAGCUCCAUGAGAGGGCCUCCUCCACCUCGCUCAGCCACCAAGACCCCGACUAGCAGUGGCCCCGUCAAGCACAACACUAUCGGCUAUGGUGCGUCCAGGUCCGGAGCCACCUCAAGAGCCGGCGCGACAUCUCCCUCCAAACUGCCGGCGCGUGUCCCGCUAGGAAAUAUGCCCCAGGGAAACAACUCUCCUGAGCGUCGCCUCAAGCCCACCACCUACUCUUCCAGCACACUUAAUGGAAAGAUGCCGCCCCCACGUGGACCUCCGCCACGUAUGCGUGCGUUGACCGUCGAAUCAAAGGAAGACCGCUUUAGCCGCCUGAUGGAUCCACCUCGCUGCAACAGUGCUAUGUCCAGUGCCUAUGUGCGGCCUGUCAGCCCGGAAGAUGUCUAUGAUGAUCGGCAGCGAUCCUUCAUGAGCAACUCCGGAUUCUCGAGCUCACAGAGAUCCACCGGCUUCUCCCAUUCAUCCCACUCUUCACACUCAUCCCUCAACUCCUCCAUACAAAACUUCCCUCGACCCAACCCAUACCUACAGCACGCCGCUCCACCCCCAGCUCCCCGCCAAGUCUCGAAUUCCUCCACAGUUAACACGGCGACCUCGGGAUCGGAAAACUGGGAGACCUUCGAAGAUGGUUCGGGUUCAGAAGCGGACCCCAGUGAUAUUUACUACUCCAAACUUCGUGCUGCACAAGGAGGAAAGCGCUUCGCACCCGAGGACGGAUCUGAUCUCAUCGGCAAGAAGGCCAAGGGCAUCCGAAGUGUCAGUCCAGAAGGACCACAUCCCGGGCAGGUCCUGCGCGUUGCUGGCAGUGACACCGACUGGGCCGAUGAAUACGAAACAUAUUAG